AUGUCGACUCAACCAAAACCCGGGGACCCUGAUGCGGUGGCAGCAGCAGCGGUGCACCCCGUCAUCAAGAAUGCGCUGCGCGUGUCUCUGAGUGCUAAAGAAUACAGAAUCCUGCACGAGCGUGUUCUCCGGCGGUCAGCCUUGGCGGAACGCCAUCUGCCAGCACCGUCCAGGUAUGAAGCAAUUAUCCACACCAAGAACAAGUACAAUGUGGCAGCCGUGCGUGCCUCGCUGCGGGUGUUUCUCGCGCUGAGUGGCGGGCUCUCGUUGGCAGAGCUGGUUAGUGCGAAGAUCAAAAAGGAGGGUUCCAAAGAGAAAACUCGCACCGCUUUGAUCAAAUCGCCAAACUUCAGACUCGCAUUGUCCGUUUCUCUUCUUCUGCUAGUCCACCGAGUGCUAUACCGUUUCUUCGUCCGAUUGCGCGCGAAUCUGCGAACCGAUGACGCGAAACCGUUUCGGGACCGUAAUCCUCGCAUUUCGAAAGCGCUGACUUCGCGAUAUGCGCCUGUCGUUGGGGCCAGUUUGGCUGGGUUCGCCUUGGGGGUUGGUCCCGCGGGCCGUGUGCACACCACAGUUGCAAUCUAUACGGCGACGAAGAGUUUGGAGUUUUUGUAUAAUGCCUUGAAUGAGAAGGGUUACUUGGAAAAGAAGCCGUGGUGGUUUGGCAGCUGGCUGCUCAUGCCAGUCUCGUUUGCACAGCUAUUCCAUGCGUUUGUGUUUGACCGAGAAACAAUUCCGGGGUGGUUUGGUAAUUUCAUUUUGAGAUUCUCGCCGAGCUAUAUUGCAGGGGCGCCAGACGGGUUCCCAGAACAACUGCAGUGGCCGGACAAGCAUGGAAUCGUCGACUCUCUUGGGUCAAUUGCUGAUCUAAAAUGGCCGGCGUUUAUUUCUCCGAUUCUUCACCCCAACAAUCCCUACACUCUUCCGACGCAGCUGCAGUCGAUCUCGCCGAUAACAUCGCCAGCACACCCGGGUAUUGCUUCACUCUCAUGUGCACUGCUUCACCCCGCUAGCCCAAGCUGCGGUACGGCUUUCUUGCACCACAUCUUGAACUCGGUGCCACCCCUGGUCCGAGCCACGACUUUGGCCAUCGUCGCCUUGUCGGCACCCGGCUACAAGAAGUUCCUGGCCAACCCCGUGACGGCUACUAGCCUGGCAUCCCAACGAAUCCUGAGUCUAACAGCCAUUGCAUCAACAUCAAUUGGCUCCCUGUGGGGUAGCAUCUGUUUGCUCAACAGCCUACUACCCCGCUCGACUCUUCCCACGAAGCGAUUCUUCCUCAGCGGGGCCAUCGGUGGACUCCCCCUUGCCUUUGUCAACCAGGGGCGCGGCCUGUUCACGUACAUUUUCCGAGCGGCCGUCUACUCGGCAUGGGCGACGGGCGUCAAGCGCCGGCUCUGGCGGGAAUGGACAGGUGGCCAGCUGGGCCUGAUUGUGCUGUCGUGGGCAUUGCUUGGCGUAGUGCUCGAGUCGUCGCCACAGUCAGUCCAGGGACCGGGUUUCCGCAAGGCUCUAGCGUGGGCGCGUGGAGAUGGAUUUACGGAUGCGGUUGAGUUGGCUGCGAAGAAGAAGAAGGCCAAGGAAGGUGAGCCGGAGGUGAAGUCCGACUGA